AUGGACUUCAACGCGCUCAAGGCGCGCACUAUGGGGUCGGGCACUGAUGAGGAGGCUGUAACUGUUGACACGCGGGGUCUAAUUUCAAAAGUCCUAGCACGAUAUUCGGGGAAAUGGACUGUCUUGCGAGAAAUGAUACAGAACGCAGCCGAUGCUUCCGCCACCAGAGUAACUGUGAGAUUUGAGACGUUACCAUCCACAAUUGUCCCUCUCCCUCCAGGCGGUGACCAAACCACGCUCAUAAAGCACGUUAUUUCUCAUCAUACGCUGAAACGCCUUCUUAUAUCUAAUAACGGUGUCCCCUUCAGCGAAAAAGACUGGGCAAGGCUGAAGCGGAUCGCAGACGGGAACCCAGAUGAGACAAAGAUUGGUGCAUUCGGUGUUGGCUUCUACAGUGUAUUUGAUGACUGCGAAGAGCCAUUCGUGUCUUCUGGGGGGCAGGCGAUGGCUUUCUAUUGGAAGGGGAAUGCGCUCUUUACGCGUCGGCUGCGGUUGGAUGAAGGAUCAAAUCCAGAAACGACAUUUGUUUUGGAUUAUCGCAAUGAUUCUUCUCCGGUUCCAUCAUUGCUGCAGCUAUGCCAGUUUUUGGCAAGCAGCCUUACGUUUGUCGGCUUAGAAACAAUAGAGCUGUGGCUGGACGAUUGGAACCUCCUGCAGCUUAAAAAGAAGACUGCUCCGAGCGUCAACCUCGCAAUCCCAAAAUACAUCCAAACCAAGACAAGUCAAGGCCUGAUGAACGUUUCAAGUGUUACUAGGGAAAUUGCUCAGGUGGAUGCAAUCUGGAUGCGUGUUGUUGAAUGGAACCCACACGCGAGUUCAUUUAGUCUGGAUAACUUGAGGGAAACAACAGGUUCGCUACGUACAUUUUUUUCGAGACUUACCGGUCAAAGCAGCCUGGAUAAACCACAGAAAGUCGAGAAAAAGGAUAAGAUUGGUGAAACAGAAGAUAUGACCAAGAUAUUAACGGCAUCUGUUUUCCUGCACAUCAAUACUGCAUCCAUUGAAGCGUCUAUCAGUCAAUCGCUCAGUAGCGAACUUGAACGCGCUACCCGAAAGCCACCCCCUAAGAGGACUACUAUCGCCGUUUUGACACCUUCUUACGAUGCCAAUAUAGCUUCUGCCUCAUCUUCAUCUAGUUCCGAGGUCCUUGCGUCGAUUCUACCGUCUAAGGCCGGGAGGGUUUUUAUAGGAUUCCCAACUCAACAGACUACUGGCCUGAAUGCUCACAUCUCUGCCCCCUCUGUUAUCCCUACUGUCGAACGAGAGAGCAUUGAUCUCAAUACUCGAUAUAUUAGUAAAUGGAAUUUUGAAAUGCUGAGGGCAGCCGGUAUUGUGUGUCGCGUCGCCUGGUCUGCUGAAAUGGCAUCUAUAAAAUCCAAAAUACUUUCGAGGCGCGGGCAAUCCAGAUCUUCGAAACUUCGAAUGGAUGACAUAAAAUAUGUGAUUCCGGAGGCUAUUCACACUGCAAACCAGUUUACAUUUCAAGAGUCUACCCCAUCAUCUGUGCUUGGACAGACAAUUGAGGAUGCAUUCUGGAUGUGCAAUAAAGAAGCGUCUAUCGAAUUGCUUUCAACCUGCGGUAUUAUUCCAAGUCAUCAAGUUCGCAUUGCACCAAAGGAGCUUAGCUUUAUGGAUUCCAUACCAGCUCUACCAGACGAGUUCGUGGUGAAAGCAAAGGACUUCGUCAAGAAAUUAACGGAUUUUGGGCUGGUAACCGACAUCACGGUGUCGGAUAUCAAACGGGAGUUAGAAGCCAGCACUCUACGCUCAUCACAGGUCACUGAAUUUCUUACUUGGAUUGGCCAAAAGGCUGUCUCUGGACAACUCGAUACAUUCUCGGUCCAGAGUCUUUUGCAUGUGGCGGUAGCAAAUGAUGAGGACGUUGAUGGUAUCCCGAGUAAACUGAUUGUUUUCGCGAAUAUAGAUGGUUUCUUGAAUCCUCAGCGCAUUCCCGCUGAGCUACCGUUACCGCCUUCUGUGAUACCUUUUAAAUUCACGAAGACACUGAGUAAGUCAGAGCUAGAGGCCCUUGGAUGGACAGAACUACAUACAGUUCCUUGGAUACGUUGGAUCGUGAACAAUGCCGGAAACCGGACAGUCCUCUCCCUAGAGCAAGACAUUACGCAGACGCCAUCAUUUUCCGCGCAAGUGCUACCAGUUUUAUCUAAGCAAUGGGAGGGCCUAAGUCAGUCAUCCAAGCAAACACUGGUUGGACUCUUACAGCCACGAACGGUCAUUCCAACGAAGCUUGGGAUGAAACGGCCUACCGAAACCUAUUUCCCAUCUGUACGCUUAUUUGAUGAUCUCCCGGUCUUACAUGGCUUAAAUGGCGUUAAGGAGAAAUUUUUAGCCGCACUGGGUGUCCGUAAAACUGUUGAACUGGGUGUUAUUUUUGAACGUCUAUUGAACACCGCACAGUUGGCUGAAACUGACAGCAAAAGUCAGAGGAAGUGGAGUCACGUUGAUUUGAUACGUUACCUCGCUUCUGUUCGAGAUGACAUCCCUGCGAGCGAUAUUGAAAAACUCAAAAACGCCAGGAUAUGUGCGGCAGAAGCUAACGAUGACUCUCAGCUUGAUCAAAGCAAACUCUACAAGAUAUCGGAACUUUUUGAACCUAAAGAUUCAUUGAGGAGCCUUGGACUGCCCGCCAUUGCAUGGCCUGGUAAAUUCCAGUCAAGCAGUAACGAAGGCAGAUUCCUUGGUGUCCUGGGCUUGAAGAAGUAUCCCUCGGUCCCAGAGCUUAUCCAGAUCAUGGCGAAUACAUCGCCCGGAAAGCGUGGUCUUCAUGGGAAAACAAUGUCCUACUUUAUUACUGAAUACUAUGUGAACGGAUACUCGUCGUAUAGUUGCAAUACAGUUGACGUUCCGUUCUUGCCGGUUGAAGGGUCAGACAAUUUGAGUGUUCCAAGCAAAUGCUUCACGGAUGAAGGCGCUGCUCUGUUUGGAUUUAAAAUCCUCCGGAAGGACCUACAUCCAAAUUCGUUAAAGUUGGGGGUGAGACAACAUCCGGCAGUGACCGAUUGCAUUGAUAUUUUGAUCCAGCAACCUCCGAUCACAAGGAAAGACGCAAGGGUUUUCUUCAAGUAUCUGGCUGGCAGGGUAGCAGACCUCAGCAAAAGAGACAUAGACCGCGUCGGAAACGCACUUAUCGUACCCAUUGGGACUAAGGAUAUUGCUGAAAAGGAUCAAAUUACUCGUCUCGUUGCGCCUAAACUUUGCUAUCUUGGCGAAGGCGAGGAUUACAAGGAUAUUUUCGACUUCGUAGACUUUGGUCAAGAAGCGAAUCUUUUUCUUAUGGCCGUGGGUUCAAAACGAGAACCAACAAAGGUCGAACUUGCCCGUAUGCUUGUGAAAGAGCCGGUGAGGAUAUCCUCGAUAUUUCAAAGUUCGGAUAAGUAUCUCAAGCUUCUCAGGGCUCUUGCUGAGAACAUUUCAACUCUCAAAAAGGACAGAGAGCUUGUUCAAGAGAUGAAAAGAGCCGCGUUUCUUUUGGCUAGCAGGGAUAUCACCUUUGAGGAUCAAAAGCAGAAUGUGCAGGCGACUAAGGCUGGGUCAGAAGAUGAAUCCUACGAGGACGAGGAUCAGAGUAUCAAAGAAUGGACGCUGGCAGCUGCGCGAGAUAUAGUGGUCGUGGAUGACUUCCAGAGUUUUAAUCUCUUCAGGGAACAUAUACUCGUCGCACCACAAGAGGAACUUCUGGAACAUUUCUAUUAUACCCUAGGAGCCAUCCCCCUGAGCAGCAUUGUGGAGGAACGGCCUCAAUGGGGUUCGGUAUCUUCUGAUCAGCGGCCUGCUGUCAAAUUACAAAAGCUUAUAAGCGAACGAUCGCGACUCUUCCUGCACGACCAGCCACCGGAUUCUAUACGGCACGAUAACAGAUGGUUGGAGAAGAACUUGAAUGUGCGAGUAGUGCAUUCGAUCUCCCUCACACGAUCUCUCAAAGGCCGUAGCGUGUCACAUACGCAAAAACGAAGCGCAAUUAUUACCCAACAACAAGGGUCUUGGACUCUUUGGAUCUGCCCUGGCAAAUAUGAUCUGUACGAAAUAAGCCAAGCUUUGGUACACCUUAUUCUCAUCCGACCAAAGCUCCAUUCGACUCUCACAUUUGAGAUGCUGUUGAAAACCGAUUUGUUGGAACUCAAGGCACGGGGGUACAAUGUGGAGCGUAUUCUUAAACAGAAGGCCCACGAGGCAAGAGUGGCUGAAGAAAGACGCCAGAAGCAAAUAGAAGAAGAACGUCAACGACUCCAAGAGAGAGAGCUUGAAUGGACAAAAAGUCGAGCUCAACCAGAGAACGGAGGUACUUUGAUGCCAGGAGACUUCCCGGACGAUUCACCUCCUCGCAAGAACGCCAGUCAUGAUCUACAACCUGAGGAGUCAGUGCCUAACCAGAACCAGCAACCGCGCGGCUUGUUUGCCAACCUGACCAGACGUUUCGGUCUGGAAGCCGGAAGGAAAUCAACGCCUCCCACAGUUGGUGGACCGUCGCAGCCCCAUUCCUCUGAUUCCCAAGGAAGUGCUGGUCCUCCUCCACCAUACUCUGUCAACGACCCGAAAGACGCCAGGCCAGAGCAACCUGUAGCCGUUAAUUCACCCCACAAGCUGCAUAAUGAGCUCCUUUCUGCCAUACAAGCCUGUCGACCGCACGGGUCUUCUGACUUCUACAGCCGGCCGGAAGUCAACCAGAUCACUGAAGCGAAGACCUACUGUGACGAGAGACCUAGUCAGGAUUUAGAAUUUGUCGCCAGUCUGCCUUCUGGUCUCAACAUCUUCUUUGUGAAGUCUAUCAGAGACCGAUCUGCUUUCCUUGCUGAAAAUAGCAUUGGCAUCAAUCUGUUUGCAUCAGUGCUGCUGGACUGUGCAGCUGCCUUUACAAUGCGCAGCAACAGCCUCAGCAUAUUCUACGACCCUGGAGGGAAAACCAUAGCCUUUAAUAGGGCAGGUAGUAUUUUCUGCAAUUAUUUUUACUUCAAGGAACUACAUCAGAGAGACCUACUCCAAAGUCCCAGUCUUAUGCCUGACAGGACUGAGGCGACAGUGUACUGGUGGGUGGUACUUUGUCAUGAACUGGCGCACAACCUUGUUGCAGAUCACAGCUCAGCACAUAGUUACUACAGUGAAGGGUUUGUGAUUCAAUACUUUCCCAAGCUUGCCGCCAAGCUUGCUGUAGCUGGCAGACAAACUCAGGCAUAGGUUGAGAAUAUCUCUUGCCUGAUUCGGCAAAGAAGAGAAUGGCAUUGGGAUGGAUAAUUAUAUGUUCUGCUCGAAACAUAUGUUACUUGCUAGGAUUUCCCGAUACCUUUUGCUUCCUAGGUAGAAGGCAAUAAUGAAGUUUAUGUGUGUCCAUGAACGCUUGUACAUACACGGAUGCCAUAGAAUCUGCACUCUGAAAGUUUCUUUUCAUGUUAUCCAGUCCUACCUUUUAUAUAUAUAUCAUUUACAUUCUCA